CCUGUACGUUCGCACUGUGUGCAGGGUCCUGUAAGGUCGCGGUGUCUGCAGGGUCCUGUACGUUCGUACUGUGUGCAGGGUCCUGUAAGGUCACGGUGUCUGCAGGGUCCUGUACGGUCACGGUGUCUGCAGGGUCCUGUACGGUCACGGUGUCUGCAGGGUCCUGUACGGUCGCGGUGUCUGCAGGGUCCUGUAAGGUCGCGGUGUCUGCAGGGUCCUGUAAGGUCGCGGUGUCUGUAGGGUCCUGUACGUUCGCGGUGUCUGCAGGGUCCUGUACAUUCGUACUGUGUGCAGGGUCCUGUAAGGUCACGGUGUCUGCAGGGUCCUGAAAGGUCACGGUGUCUGCAGGGUCCUGAAAGGUCACGGUGUCUGCAGGGUCCUGUACGGUCGCGGUGUCUGCAGGGUCCUGUACGGUCGCGGUGUCUGCAGGGUCCUGUAAGGUCGCGGUGUCUGCAGGGUCCUGUAAGGUCGCGGUGUCUGCAGGGUCCUGUAAGGUCGCGGUGUCUGCAGGGUCCUGUACGUUCGCGGUGUCUGCAGGGUCCUGUAAGGUCGCGGUGUCUGCAGGGUCCUGUAAGGUCGCGGUGUCUGCAGGGUCCUGUAAGGUCGCGGUGUCUGCAGGGUCCUGUACGUUCGCGGUGUCUGCAGGGUCCUGUACGGUCGCGGUGUCUGCAGGGUCCUGUAAGGUCGCGGUGUCUGCAGGGUCCUGUAAGGUCGCGGUGUCUGCAGGGUCCUGUACGUUCGCGGUGUCUGCAGGGUCCUGUACGGUCGCGGUGUCUGCAGGGUCCUGUACGGUCGCGGUGUCUGCAGGGUCCUGUACGUUCGCGGUGUCUGCAGGGUCCUGUACGUUCGCGGUGUCUGCAGGGUCCUGUACGGUCGCGGUGUCUGCAGGGUCCUGCACAGUAACAGUGUUUGUUGGGUCAGGAAUGAUCACUGUGGAUGAAGCCAUCUUUUUAAUGAUUCAAGGUUUCCCAAAAUAUCUUUCCUUGUCAGAAAGCCAAUACGGAUCAGAGUGCAGAUCAGAACCCCAGGCUGUCCUGCCUGGCUCAGCCCACACUUUCCGAAUGGGUCAGAACCGCACUUGCAGCACUUCUGUGGUGUCUGGCUGAUGUGGUAGAAGGGGGGGGUGGUUCUUGGUGAAAGGAAACGAAGCAUCAGCAGAAGCUUCUGAUUGUGCUGUAGAAAGAGUCACAGCGGCUCUGUGCUACUCUAUGCUGUUUGUGAUACUCCCCCUCACUUCCAUCCCAUGGAUACAGUUGCCAUGGUGAUGUCGUGCAGUCAGAGCAGCUGGCCGGCAGCCUCGUUGUCACGCAGUGAUAAAGCACAUGACAACCAUGGAGGCCAGAGGGCAGGACUUAGCUUGGGCUUUCCUGAACGGAGACCCUUCUACCCAGCAUUACGUCACUUCCUGAACACGCUCUCCGGAUUUUGAACCAUGCGUGCCUGUUGCCCCUAAGCCCUGCACACAGGAAGUCAUCACACACACGCUCCCUUGUGGACUGCUGUCCCAAUUCAACCUAUAGGACUGUCCUCAUCCUCCUCUUCCUCCUUCCAAGCUGAGGUGUGGGAACAACCUAGAUUUACCCCUUCCUAUUCCCGAUCUGGUAAACCUUUUUCCUUUGUCACCAUGACAACCUCAGCCCUGCGCCGGCAGGUGAAGAACAUCGUGCACAACUACUCUGAGGCAGAGAUCAAAGUGCGGGAAGCGACCUCCAAUGACCCAUGGGGGCCACCUAGCUCGCUCAUGUCCGAGAUCUCGGACAUGACCUUCAAUGUAGUGGCCUUCACUGAGGUCAUGGGCAUGAUCUGGAAGCGCCUCAAUGAUCAUGGCAAGAACUGGCGGCAUGUGUACAAGGCCCUGACACUGCUUGACUACCUGAUGAAGACGGGCUCGGAGCGUGUGGCGCAGCAGUGCCGUGAGAACGCCUUCACCAUCCAGACGCUCAGGGACUUCCAGUACGUGGACCGCGAUGGCAAGGACCAGGGUGUCAAUGUUCGCGAGAAGGCCAAGCAGCUGGUGGCUCUCAUGCGGGACGAGGAACGGUUACGGACAGAGCGGGCCCAGGCGCUCAAGACUAAAGAGCGCAUGGCGGGGGCCACGUCAGGCAUGGGCUCGGGUUCGGGCUCGGGCUCUGGCCCGGGCCUGGGCCCGGGCCCGGGUUCCUCCACCCUGCCUUCCUACCCCAGCCGGCGCACAAGCCAGCCCAGCAUGGCUGCCCUCUAUGGGGAAGAGUUCAGCCGCUCCCGGGGCUCCCCCUCCUCUUUCAACUCCUCCUCAUCAUCUCCACGAGUCCCAUCGGACCUGGAGCAGUCUCGCCCUCAGACCAGCGGGGAGGAGGAGCUGCAGCUACAGCUGGCAUUGGCUAUGAGUCGGGAGGAGAGUGAGAAGCCAGGUCCCGCCUCCUCUGUUGCCUUGGAAAUGGACGAAGAAGCACUACUUCAGAUUGCAUUGACUCUAAGCAAAGAGGAACAUGAUCAGGAGCAACGCACCCGCCAGGGAGAUGAGUCCUUGCUUCAAAAGGCGCUAGAAGCCAGCCGGCGGGAGAGCGAGUCGGGGACAAGGGAGUCGGCAAUGGUGGACCUAGUGGAUAUUUUUGGACCAGAUCCUGCUGCCCCUCUGGACAGCGAGCCCUGGGAAUCUCAGGCCGUCAUCCUACCCACCUCUGAUCCCUGGGAUUCUGUUACGGUUGUGCGCUCCGACACGCCUGUCUUUGGCAGCCCCUGGACGGCGCCGCCUCUGUCCAGCAGCCCCUCUCAGGCUUGGGUCCCAAGAUAUUCUCCUCCGGACCCCUGGGAGGCCCAGCCCACUGCCCCCAGCCCCAAUCCCAUCAGCCAUGCCUGGAGUUCGCCUGCUCACACCGGUGCCUCUGGUCUGGACCCCUUCUCAGUUCCCAUGGAGGUCCCUAAAGAGCCAGAAGCCCCCCCACAGUUGUUUCUCCCCCGCCCUGGAAGUCCUGGAGGUGUGGAGAGAGUGUCCAGGGAUCAGAUGAAUGGGAGGGGCGGGGGCAGCCCAGAGCUCUUCGACCUGUCCCGACUUGGGGACACCCUGGGCGAGCCGAGCCCCCGGAGCUGCCGCACCCCAGAGGCAUUCCUGGGCCCCACGGCAGCCUCACUGGUCAACCUGGACACGCUGAUUCCCUACAACCCCCCAGCUAAGAAUAAGAACCCUUUCUUAUCGGGACUGAGCGCCCCCUCGCCCACCAACCCCUUCCACAGUGACCAGCCUCGACUCACCCUUAACCAGAUGCGCCCGAGCUCCACGUCGCCGCUGCCUGGCUCUGCCCUGCCCUACAGCGCCUCCCUGCCCCUGCCUUUGAGUCGCCAGUCCCCAGCACUGACCUCCUCCUUCACCCAGCCGCCCACCUUGGCGGCCGUGGGGCCUCCGGGCCUCCUGGAAGUGCCUGGGAACCUGCCCCAGCCCCUGCUGCCCCUGUCCCCUGCAGCCGCACCCGGAGACCACCUCAGCGGGAACCCCUUCCUGUGAGUCGGACCUGAGGCUUCUUUGGUGCGCCUCCAUUGCCGGACUCACGGAGUUUCUUUUCACUGGAGUCUCUCUUCGGCUUGGCCCCUGCUCCCUCCUGGUCGCUCUGGGGUUAGGGUUAGGGUUACCUGGUUACCUGAGUGCGUGUGCCUGUGGGUUUGCUGCUUGACAGCUGCUAAGCCUUCAUUUUUAAACGCCUUAGUCAAAUAAUCCUGUACGAUAAAUGCUCCCCAGUGUUUCAUGAGGAUAACCAGAAGAAGAGGAUCAUUGUCUUUCAUUAGUUAUUCCACUCGCUGUAUGUUUCAUAGAAAUUCAGAAAUUUGGCAUGUGCAGAAAUAAGUGAUCAUGAAGAUUCGUAAGCAGAUGUUUCCAGUAGAUUCAACAUUCCUGCUUACUUUCUCAAACAUGGAAUGCUUAGAAGAGAUUCUCAAAAGCUGACCUACUAUCCAGCUCGUCAUUCUGGAGACAUGUGGGUCCCUGCAGAUCUUUGUUUCUGGGCUUCUGCGUGGCAUCCAGUCUCUACAGUGUUGUCCAGUGUGGACUGUGACUUUUACACUGCAUUGGUGAACCUUCUGGAAUGACUGUGUAAGCAGCACACUGUGGGCUGGCAUUAUGAAUUACACUGACGAGUGUGGCUAAGGGGGGCGGCAUGGUGGUGCAGUGGUUAGCACUGUCGCCUCACACCUCUGGGACCCGGGUUCGAGUCUCCGCCUGGGUCACAUGUGUGUGGAGUUUGCAUGUUCUCCCCAUGUCGUCGUGGGGUUUCCUCCGGGUACUCCGGUUUCCCCCCACAGUCCAAAAACAUGCUGAGGCUAAUUGGUGUUGCUAAAUUGCCCGUAGGUGUGCAUGUGUGAGUGAAUGGUGUGUGAGUGUGCCCUGUGAUGGGCUGGCCCCCCAUCCAGGGUUGUUCCCUGCCUCGUGCCCGUUGCUUCCGGGAUAGGCUCCGGACCCCCCGCGACCCAAUAGGAUAAGCGGUUUGGAAAAUGGAUGGAUGGAUGGAUGGAGUGUGGCUAAGCUGGCCACAUUUCAGACAAGCACACCUCUGCACCAACUCGUGCAGAGAAUUGGCCCUUGAUUAGCCUGGUACGUGAUUAUUUAUCCAUUCUUACAUUUAACAUUUAAAUGUGAUAAUUAAUGCGUCUCACUCAUUUCUGCACAUGUAUUGAUUCUUAUGUAAAUAUGUAAAAAAUGUGACAUUUCCAAAGCUACGUUAUAGGCUCAUAAACUUAAUUAGGAUGGCAUGGCGCAUGUGUGUGCGCAUGCAUGUGUGCGCGGGGGCAGCAUUGGCAGGGGGCAGUGCUUUUCAUACCCUGAGGUGGGUAACUUGGAGCUGAGCGGCUGAACUGCACACCGACUAACAUGAUCCAUCAGACCCAGGCAAGUAUGCAGAACUUGUCCAAACCUGAAUCACAAAGUCCCACAAUGCACUGGGCAGUAGCUACCCACAAGUACCGGCUGUUAUGUCUCACCAGUUAACCCAGAAACCCAGUCAGUAGACUGCUUUUAAGGGGACUUACACACUACAGCGCCAUCCUGCUUGUAAACAGCUGACAGCUGAGAGAGAGGGAGAGAAAGAGAGAGAGAGAGAGGUUCUGCUCCAGCUCAGUCGGCCCACUUAGUGCUUUUUUGUUUUUUGCAGAAAGAGAAUUUAUAACUGUCAGUGUUUGGAUUCAGUAUUACGAGACCCACAUAUUGAAAGAAUGUAUUGAACUGAAGUGGUGUUACCAGGAAAUAACCAGAAAUUGUCAAUUAAAUAUGAAUAUAUAAAGACAUAAAUUCUAUUUGCAUGUUAUUCUAGUGCUUCUCAACUGAGCCAGUCACUGAUUGUUCAGCCAUUGCAAUUCUCCGUGUGCGGUUAAUGUUUAAAAAAUAUCACGACUAGUGUAUAGUUUUUUUAUAGUUUUUUUUUUUUUUUUUUAAAAACAUUUUGCACAAACAUGAACCUUGUGCAAUUUAUCACUAGUGGAAAAUGCCAUCUAAAUGCCCACUUGUGCCCCCCUCAGACUAGCAGUGGUACUGCAGUAGGGCAGGUGGGUGACGGUGCUGAGUGAGACGAGCACCUGCCAGUUUCUGCCGUGGCUCCUUGUGUGUUUCUGUGCUCUUUUUAUUUCCCAUGCAGGUAGUGUUGUGUUGUGGAGCGAGAAAUGCCCACUUUCAUUCUGUCAUCACACCAUCAUAUUGAAUCUCUGCCCUGAUAUUGGGUAAGAGACUCUCCAGAACAUUACAGGAAAUGAUGGGGGGCAGCAUGAUGUCAGUACUUCACAUGAAAACAGGCUUCCCAGAACUCCCAUUGCCCGGAAAGGUAGGGGCUGAUGUAAUGGACUACACGCCCACACCUUCCCAAAGGCAGACGCCAUCAGUUGCGCGGAUGACUGUGUGUGUGACUCUAUGUGCCGUUUGAUGUUUUUCUUUUGAUUAUGAAAAUAGAGUUUCAGUUACACUGUUACACAUGCAAUCCUGGCUCUACUGAGCACGUGUGGAGUCAGCUUGUUCUUCCUGCUGCGUGUGGGUUUCUCCUGCAUGCUCUGCUCUCCUCCCUCCAUCCAAAAAAGUGAUUUGGUGGAUUCCUCAAGUGACACCAUGUGUCUGUCUUGUGAUGGAGUGCGUCCCUCCUUUGGCUCUCUGCAGCUCCAUGCUGAAGACUGGCUUGGAAAAUUGAUAGGUGGAUGAAUAAUACCUUUACACAAAUGGUAAUAAAAUGCCACGGAAGUCUUUUGUAAGUAGUUUUGACCAGUAGAGGGUGAUAUUGUACUUGCAACCAGAAAACUUCUUGCUUUGUACAUACUGUCAAUGGUGGGUGAUAGUUAUCCAUCCAUCCAUUUUCCAAACUGCUUGUCCUACUGGGUCGCGGGGGGUCCGGAGCCUAUCCCGGAAGCAAUGGGCACGAGGCAGGGAACAACCCAGGAUGGGGGGCCAGCCCAUCGCAGGGCACACUCACACACCAUUCACUCACACAUGCACACCUAUGGGCAAUUUAGCAACUCCAAUUAGCCUCAGCAUGUUUUUGGACUGUGGGAGGAAACCGGAGUACCCGGAGGAAACCCCACGACGACAUGGGGAGAACAUGCACACACAUGUGACCCAGGCGGAGACUCGAACCCGGGUCCCAGAGGUGUGAGGCGACAGUGCUAACCACUGCAGGUGAUAGUUAUGUCAUAAAAAAAAUAAUUUAGACACAUCAGCAUAUAUGGCUGUGGAUAUGGCAGUGAAUUCUCAUUUGAAUACAAUAUCAGGUGAGUACUGUGAACAUACUGAGAGCUGUGUGUGCAGGUGGCACAUAGAGAGUCAGUCACAGAGUACUUAACUGGUUGGCUGCAAGAAAAUCCCGGUCUGGACUUUUACUCUCUUGAGCGGAAUUAACCAACUCUGCUGACUGAUAGUGUUCUGCUCUGAGGAGCCACUCCAUCGAUGACCUGAGUGUGUGGCAGACCUCACCUCUCAUAUAUAAAGCAGCCCUGACUUGAAGCAUAUGCUUGACUGGGUGAAUGGAUGGACAGACAUGUAGCAGUGAUAUAGUUUGGAAUAGCAGGUAUGCCAGCAGAGUGCAUUUCCGGGGAAUUGGGGCCUUCAAGUCACAUCAGUGUUUCAGCACUACAUUUGAACUUAUACACCAGAACUUCAAAGGUAAAAAUCCAUAUUAGGUUCAAUGUUGAUUUGCAAAAUGUGUCAUUUAUAAAUUGUCUGUGACAAUUAACUCUUUGAUAUAUCAGUCAACUGUGAAAAAUGGCAACAGCACACACCUAACACUGCAAACUGGAUCAGCACAGAGGCUGAUCAAAGCUCACGGAAAUCACAAAAGUACAACUUCAAAGUUUACCGGAGUACUGAGUGAAUGAGCCUGUGACCCAGUCUCAGCGAAAGCUGCCUGUUGUGAGCCUCUCAGCCAGACGUUUUCACCAGGCUGCUGCUGCUUGGAAACUCUUUGAAUCCAAGGCCGAUGCACAAAGACACAUAACUUUCUUUCUUCUGGUUGGAGCCAGAGGAUGUCUUUAAGCUAAAGUGUGUGGAAUCUGUAAUGGUUUGGGCUGCCAUUGGAGCUGAAGGCUUUUCUUCUCAAAGAAUGGCCUGAUGUUGCCCUACAGAGUUCAGCAGUUGAAUGUUGUUAGACAAACUGUAGGUGCUCUGAAGGCAAUGGGUGGCCCUAUGGAAAAUUUAUAUUCAAUAUUGUUUUAUGUACAAAUAGUUACAUUAUUCUGUUCAUAGUUCUGUACAUAGGUUAUAUACCAUAUUUAUAUUCUGCUGCUAUAUUCCAGCCACUAUAUUAUGUACAAUCCAUUCAUGCGCAUACUGUGUUCUGCCCUCUGAUUGUGUCAUGUGCACUGUGUUAAUCUGCACUCUACCCCUGUAAUUGUGUUCAUACAACCCCCCCCCCCCCACACACACACACACACACACACAUGUCUUAUGUUGCACAGUGCUCCAGGGGGUAUGAUGUCUCGUGCCACUCUAUGGAGCUCCCAUCCCAUGUGACACACACACACACACACACACACAGAUGCAUAUACACAAAUACUGCAUACUUUAACCAUGGAUGUACCCAACCCAAGCUUGGUUUGCUUUACAAAUUAGGAAAACUGCAGGUAUGCAAAUAUGAAAUGCAGGUAUGAAAUGGUGCUUUUACUUGCCAUUUGCACAAGUAAAGGUACAUUAGAAUGCUUCUUUUCAAAUAUCCCAUCAUGCUCUCCUUUGACACAUACCAAGAUAUAUGCAGGUGACAGCAAAGUUUGGGGACAAAGUGCAGCGUCAGUCAUUCUCGAACGUUUUGGCCACAGCUGUAAACUGCAUCACAUUUUCAUCACUGAAGGAGCAUCUGUUUGGGCACUUCAUCAUGUUUUCUAGUUUCUUAGGAACAGGAGGGCCAUUUCCAGCUUGGUUCCCAAAGCCCGAUUCACGAAUCAUAGUCUAUGGCCAGUAUUCCCUGGAGGGGUUGAUUAAUUUCUGAAAAUAAAACUAAAUAUUUAAAAAUUUUGGUGAAUCAUCAGGUUCACAUAUUUUGUUUGCAUAUGAAAAAAUGUAAAUGCCAAUCAAUCUUCCAGUAACUAACCCCUCACCUCCCCAAGGGCAGUAAAUAACAAGAAGUAUUCCAGUCUAUGGACAUGGGAUGGAAACUCUUACUUCACAGCAUUGCAUCCUAUUUUCUGUUCUGGAAAGGUCACUUAACCAUGUGGCCGCAGGGGUAGCAUUAUAAGGCCACAUCAUGAUGGCACCCUUCCCAUUGGACGGGUACACAAAGGGGCCGCUUAGACCAUUGUAAGGGCACCUUAUAGGGCACUGUAUCACAUUCUGUCCACUAGAAGGGCACUUCAUGAUGGCACCCUUUCCAUUGGACGGGUACAUAUAGGGGCCGCUUAGACCACUGUAUGGGCACCUUAUAGGGCACUGUAUCACAUUCUGUCCACUAGAAGGGCACUUCAUGAUGGCACCCUUUCCAUUGGACAGGUACACAUAGGGGCCGCUUAGACCAUUGUAAGGGCACCUUAUAGGGCACUGUAUCACAUUCUGUCCACUAGAAGGGCACUUCAUGAUGGCACCCUUUCCAUUGGACGGGUACAUAUAGGGGCCGCUUAGACCAUUGUAAGGGCACCUUAUAGGGCACUGUAUCACAUUCUGUCCACUAGAAGGGCAAUUCAUGAUGGCACCCUUUCCAUUGGACAGGUACACAUAGGGGCUGCUUAGACCAUUGUAAGGGCACCUUAUAGGGCACUGUAUCACAUUCUGUCCACUAGAAGGGCACUUCAUGAUGGCACCCUUUCCAUUGGACGGGUACAUAUAGGGGCCGCUUAGACCAUUGUAAGGGCACCUUAUAGGGCACUGUAUCACAUUCUCUGCACUAGAAGGGCACUUCAUGAUGGCAGCCUUUCCAUUGGACGGGUACACAAAGGGGCCGCUUAGACCAUUGUAAGGGCACCUUAUAGGGCACUGUAUCACAUUCUCUGCACUAGAAGGGCACUUCAUGAUGGCACCCUUUCCAUUGGACAGGUACACAUAGGGGCCGCUUAGACCAUUGUAAGGGCACCUUAUAGGGCACUGUAUCACAUUCUCUGCACUAGAAGGGCACUUCAUGAUGGCAGCCUUUCCAUUGGACGGGUACACAAAGGGGCCGCUUAGACCAUUGUAAGGGCACCUUAUAGGGCACUGUAUCACAUUCUGUCCACUAGAAGGGCACUUCAUGAUGGCACCCUUUCCAUUAGACGGGUACAUAUAGGGGCCGCUUAGACCAUUGUAAGGGCACCUUAUAGGGCACUGUAUCACAUUCUGUCCACUAGAAGGGCACUUCAUAAUGGCACCCUUUCCAUUGGACGGGUACAUAUAGGGGCUGCUUAGACCAUUGUAAGGGCACCUUAUAGGGCACUGUAUCAGAUUCUCUGCACUAGAAGGGCAUUUCACGAUGGCACCCUUUCCAUUUGACGGGUACAUAUAGGGGCCGCUUAGACCAUUGUAAGGGCACCUUAUAGGGCACUGUAUCACAUUCUCUGUACUAGAAGGGCACUUCAUGAUGGCAGCCUUUCCAUUGGACGGGUACACAAAGGGGCCGCUUAGACCAUUGUAAGGGCACCUUAUAGGGCACUGUAUCACAUUCUCUGCACUAGAAGGGCACUUCAUGAUGGCACCCUUUCCAUUGGACAGGUACACAUAGGGGCCGCUUAGACCAUUGUAAGGGCACCUUAUAGGGCACUGUAUCACAUUCUCUGCACUAGAAGGGCUCUUCAUGAUGGCAGCCUUUCCAUUGGACGGGUACACAAAGGGGCCGCUUAGACCAUUGUAAGGGCACCUUAUAGGGCACUGUAUCACAUUCUGUCCACUAGAAGGGCACUUCAUGAUGGCACCCUUUCCAUUAGACGGGUACAUAUAGGGGCCGCUUAGACCAUUGUAAGGGCACCUUAUAGGGCACUGUAUCACAUUCUGUCCACUAGAAGGGCACUUCAUGAUGGCACCCUUUCCAUUGGACGGGUACAUAUAGGGGCCGCUUAGACCAUUGUAAGGGCACCUUAUAGGGCACUGUAUCAGAUUCUCUGCACUAGAAGGGCAUUUCACGAUGGUACCCUUUCCAUUUGACGGGUACAUAUAGGGGCCGCUUAGACCAUUGUAAGGGCACCUUAUAGGGCACUGUAUCACAUUCUCUGCACUAGAAGGGCACUUCAUGAUGGCAGCCUUUCCAUUGGACGGGUACACAAAGGGGCCGCUUAGACCAUUGUAAGGGCACCUUAUAGGGCACUGUAUCACAUUCUGUGCACUAGAAGGGCACUUCAUGAUGGCACCCUUUCCAUUGGACGGGUACAUAUAGGGGCCGCUUAGACCAUUGUAAGGGCACCUUAUAGGGCACUGUAUCACAUUCUGUCCACUAGAAGGGCACUUCAUGAUGGCACCCUUCCCAUUGGACGGGUACACAAAGGGGCCACUUAGACCAUUGUAAGGGCACCUUAUAGGGCACUGUAUCACAUUCUGUGCACUAGAAGGGCACUUCAUGAUGGCACCCUUUCCAUUGGACGGGUACAUAUAGGGGCCGCUUAGACCAUUGUAAGGGCACCUUAUAGGGCACUGUAUCACAUUCUGUCCACUAGAAGGGCACUUCAUGAUGGCACCCUUUCCAUUGGACAGGUACACAAAGGGGCCGCUUAGACCAUUGUAAGGGCACCUUAUAGGGCACUGUAUCACAUUCUGUCCACUAGAAGGGCACUUCAUGAUGGCACCCUUUCCAUUGGACGGGUACAUAUAGGGACCGCUUAGACCAUUGUAAGGGCACCUUAUAGGGCACUGUAUCAGAUUCUCUGCACUAGAAGGGCACUUCAUGAUGGCACCCUUUCCAUUGGACGGGUACAUAUAGGGGCCGCUUAGACCAUUGUAAGGGCACCUUAUAGGGCACUGUAUCACAUUCUGUCCACUAGAAGGGCACUUCAUGAUGGCACCCUUCCCAUUGGACGGGUACACAAAGGGGCCACUUAGACCAUUGUAAGGGCACCUUAUAGGGCACUGUAUCACAUUCUGUCCACUAGAAGGGCACUUCAUGAUGGCACCCUUCCCAUUGGACGGGUACAUAUAGGGGCCGCUUAGACCAUUGUAAGGGCACCUUAUAGGGCACUGUAUCACAUUCUGUCCACUAGAAGGGCACUUCAUGAUGGCACCCUUCCCAUUGGACGGGUACACAUAGGGGCCGCUUAGACCAUUGUAAGGGCACCUUAUAGGGCACUGUAUCACAUUCUGUCCACUAGAAGGGCACUUCAUGAUGACAGCCUUUCCAUUGGACGGGUACAUAUAGGGGCCGCUUUAACCACUGUAUGGGCACCUUAUAGGGCACUGUAUCACAUUCUGUGCACUAGAAGGGCACUUCAUGAUGGCACCCUUUCCAUUGGAGGGGUACAUAUAGGGGCAGCUUUAACCACUGUAAGGGCACCUUAUAGGGCACUGUAUCACAUUCUGUCCACUAGAAGGGCACUUCAUGAUGGCACCCUUUCCAUUGGACAGGUACACAAAGGGGCUGCUUAGACCAUUGUAAGGGCACCUUAUAGGGCACUGUAUCACAUUCUGUCCACUAGAAGGGCACUUCAUGAUGGCACCCUUCCCAUUGGACGGGUACACAAAGGGGCCGCUUAGACCAUUGUAAGGGCACCUUAUAGGGCACUGUAUCACAUUCUGUCCACUAGAAGGGCACUUCAUGAUGGCACCCUUCCCAUUGGACGGGUACACAUAGGGGCCGCUUAGACCAUUGUAAGGGCACCUUAUAGGGCACUGUAUCACAUUCUGUCCACUAGAAGGGCACUUCAUGAUGACAGCCUUUCCAUUGGACGGGUACAUAUAGGGGCCGCUUUAACCACUGUAUGGGCACCUUAUAGGGCACUGUAUCACAUUCUGUGCACUAGAAGGGCACUUCAUGAUGGCACCCUUUCCAUUGGAGGGGUACAUAUAGGGGCAGCUUUAACCACUGUAAGGGCACCUUAUAGGGCACUGUAUCACAUUCUGUGCACUAGAAGGGCACUUCAUGAUGGCACCCUUUCCAUUGGAGGGGUACACAUAGGGGCCGCUUGUGUAAGGGCUCUGCAAAGCUUGCUACACACUCCAGCCACUUGGCCCUGCACCUCAGCUGGUGUUGAUGGGUACCCACCAAAGGAUAGCUAGAUAAUUGGCCUUCUUUUACCCGGGGACAAAAGAUAGCAGAGCAGCUGCAUGUAUUGGUUGUUUUAGUGAUAAAAUGCUCCUCGCUUGACCAACACGCCUACCAGACAUAAUUACCUUUAUUGCACAGGUAGCAAAACUCCAUCAUUACAUAUUUCAUAUUGCUCUCUUAUAAGGUACAUCAAAGGGGUUUAAAGCGUUACUAAAGGGACCAAAAGUAAAAUGAUCACUCUGCCAGACAUGGGAUCUGCGAAACACUGCAGACACAGAUUACCCUGCAGAGCCACGGCCCAGCAGAGCCCUGUGUUAUAGACAGUGGGCAAAAUGGAUUUAACAAUAUCCAGCUACGGACCGGAUCUGAUCCAGAUUCACAGGGACCUUGUGCUGGCUGAGUGAUCAUGGAAGAUGGAUGGAUUUAAACAUGAGCUGUAAACGUCCAGAAAUUGCUGGUGAGUUUCGAAAUUGCUUUUCCACUCGACUCAUUCACCAGCAUAAAGAAAACAGGCGUCUCUAUGACAGAAAAGACUUUUAUUUUCAAAAUGGGAGAAAAAAAAGACUCGCUGAAAAUAUGCAGUUACAGUGUGGGAUGGAAAGAAAGUCAAUCUGGCAAAGGCUCUCAUGUGCAGGCGAACAGAAGUGCUCCAUCCACCUGCGCAGUGCGUAGGCGUGCUCAUCCUGCAGAGCCACACCCCCCCAGAAGGUGGCGGUCUAUAAUCACCCAUGCCUGCAGCCAGUCUAUCAGUCUGCUUAAUAUCACUUUGGUCAAGGUUUAUGCACUGCCUUCACAGGCUUUCUCAGCUGUAGUUGGUUUUGCGAGUUGGAUGGUUUAUAGUCUAACUGGGUAUUCUGGAUUCUAUCUGCUCGUAGCUAUGAUCUUAUCCUUGGUCACUCCCAUGCAGCUCAGAGUCCAGCCCUGCCAUCUCACAGUGAGGGGUGUCAGCACUGAGUACUCAGACGUCAGCUUUUCAAAGAGAGGUCUGGCAGGCAGGAGAGCUGUGUGUGUAAAACCCGGGUGUGUCCGAUUGCCGCGUUUUUGUCUUUGUUUUGGAACAUUAUGAGGUUCUCUUUUGUUUUUUUGUUUUCUUCAAUUCUGUCCCGUGGCUGUGACAAGGCCCAGGCUGUUCUAUCAACACAGGAAGCAAAAAUAAACAAGAAUAUCCAAUGAACAUGGUGGCAGAAACAUGCGGUCCAAAAAAAUGUAGCAGAAUUAAUAGGCAACAGGUCAGUAACCUGAAACACUGUGUUUAACACAGUCCAUCAGUCAAAGGGGUAACGUUUUCAGCUGGGUCAUUUCUAAGGCUCCUAUAGAGCUUUUGAGCUGUUCAUCUGGACACUGAAGAGACAGACAGUGUGUACCAGCACAUCUGAAGACAUAGAGUGAUGUCAGUGUAGCUGCGGCUAGUUGUUGGCAGAAUUGUAGCUGAAUGGUAAUUAUCUUCACUUUUUUCAUCAGAGUUUGGUGGAAUCCAGAAUAUGCUUUGGUUAAAUGAUUAAAUACUUUGAUGUGAAUCACCUAUUAAUAAAAGUUCACUUUUUUCUAU